GUUAUUCGUAAACAUUGUCAAAUUCAACUUCGUUCCCAAAAGAAACUGUGAAGUGAAUGUCUCCGGCUUCAAUGCGUCGGCCCUCGUCGAGUCGUCGGCGUUCAGCAUGCAGCUAUCAGGUUCUACAGCUGCGUCAUCGCGACCAGUCUGCAUCGCACAACUCAGUCAAACUUUCGAAUGGACCAGCGAGAUGACGCAUUGAGUCUCGAGUGUGCUGCAUGUCGGCCGUGGGUGUAGGGCAGCAACUGUCGGUCCAACGGUACGAUUCCAGCGCAUUGAAUCUGAUCCGUCACAUCUUCGCCUUUGGGUCAAUAAGUGCCUCGUGCCAGCUGUUCAGGGAUGCCGUGACGUUCCAAGGGAUGCCAGAACGAUGUUUUCUUGUCCUUCAUAAACCCCUGUGGUUCCACAUACUUGAUCCCCCUCGUCCUUCAUUCUUCCCAGCAGACUUUCGGUUUCUCUCUCGUGGCUCUCCGCCAGCAGAUACCAUGGUGAAACAUAAGCACCUCGAUCGCAUUCUGAACCACGUCUUUCCCAAAGACCAAAAGCAAGAACAGCAUCAUCAUCAUCACUAUCAGCAAUGCCAUAACUGUACCAGCAAUGGCCCCAGCCAGGUGCCUCAGGGGCCUCCCCAAGGGAUGCCGCAUCAGCCCCAACAGCGGCCGACGCCGCCCGCAUCUCCUCCAGCAUCUCCGGGUAUGACCCAAUAUAAACCGCCGAGGACUCCGGCAUCAUCUGAACCACAGAGGGUUUUUGCUCACUUCAUUGUGGGCAAUGCAUACUCCAUGACUCCGCAACACUGGGAGACCGACAUAAUUGAGGCCUCAAAAGCUCAUGUUGACGGGUUUGCGUUGAAUGUGGCUCCUCAGGAUGACUAUACUGAUCGGGUACUCCAAACGGCGUAUGAUGCCGCCGAAAGGAUUGGCAAUUUCUCCUUGUUUAUUUCUUUCGACUAUGGAUCUGGAGGUCCGUGGCCUGCGGACAGAGUGAUCAACACCAUCAAUGCGUAUAAAAGUCGGAAGGCACAAUUCCACUUUCAUGGAAAGCCCCUGGUUUCCACGUUUGAAGGAGUUGCCAAUGCAGGUGAUUGGCCGAGGAUCAGGAGUGUUACAAAUUGCACAUUUAUUCCAAACUGGACCAGUAUGGGGCCGCAAGGUAUCAGCAGCGUUCUGAACGAGAUAGACGGUGCGUUCAGUUGGGACGCAUGGCCCGUUGGAGCCAACGAUAAGAACACAUCAAGUGAUAUAGCAUGGAUGAAGGCUCUGGCAGGAAAGCCAUAUAUGAUGCCUGUUGCCCCUUGGUUCUAUACAAACCUUCCCCAGUGGCAUAAGAACUGGCUCUGGCGAGGAGAUGAUAUGUGGCACUAUCGAUGGCAGCAGGUUAUGGAGCUGCAGCCUUCGCUUGUCCAGAUCCUAAGUUGGAAUGACUAUGGGGAAACCCAUUAUAUCGGACCAAUUUAUGACCCUGGAAUACCCGAUGGAGCGGCACGAUAUGUCCAGAAUCAUCCACAUGAUGCGUGGCGGGAACUCUUGCCUUAUUACAUUGACUCAUACCGCCGCAAUUUGAGGGAUCCUCACAGUCAGCUGAGGUCGGCGUCCCCGGGCUUUUACAAUCCAAGGUACCCCAUGUCUUUCACAGACAAGAUCGUCUACUGGUACCGAUUGAACCCCAGCUCCGCGGGAAGUUCUGAAGGCACCACCGGGAACAACCCAGGUGCGGGUCAGCAGGUUUUGGCCCCUGGUCAAGUAUCCCAGGAUCGGGUAUUCUUCAGCACAUUCAUAACCCAGCCGAGUGACGUAUAUGCCCAAAUCGGAGGUGAAUCACCGACAUUCUUCCGGGUGAAGACACCAGGUCUCAACCACUUUUCCGUACCGUUCUACGGACAACGAGGCCCCGUGAAAUUCGGUAUCAAGCGGAAUCAUCAGGAAGUAGCGACAGCAACUGGUCCUCCUAUCACUGAUCAAUGUGUUGGUGGCAUUGUAGACUGGAAUGCUUUCGUGGGUUCCAGCAGCUAGUGGGGUUGGGGGUUACGGAACCGGUAAGGAUCGGAUGAUCAUACGGACGAGGAAUAACUAGCGUAAGCGAGCUAUGAAUA